AUGAAGUUAAAAUUUUUGUUAUCACUUUGUUUAACAAUUGGCAUAACACAUGCUAAUCGUAUAAAUAUCAUAAACAAUUGUCCAUUCACAGUUUGGCCAGGUAUACUUGGUAGUCCAAAUUUUGAAACACCAGAAAAUGGUGGAUUCCAAUUGGACGCUGGUCAAUCACGUGAAAUAACAACUCAAGAACAAUGGUCUGGUAGAAUGUGGGGAAGAACUGGUUGUGAUGAAUCAGGACAUUGUGUUACUGGUGAUUGCGGUAAUAAAAUUGAAUGUGCUGGAGCUGGUGGUGUACCACCAGUAACACUUGGUGAGUGGACAUUUGAUGAUCCAAAUGUACCAGGUGUUGAUUUUUAUGAUGUAUCAUUGGUUGAUGGAUUUAAUUUACCAAUGAGAAUAACACCCACUGGUGGCAAUGAGCCAAAUGGAGGUGGUCCAUAUGAUUGCACAUCAACUGGUUGUCCAGUUAAUAUCAAUGACAAUUGUCCAGGAGAAUUACAACAAACAGAUGGUGGUUCAGUAGUUGCAUGUAAAAGUGCAUGUGAAGCAUUUAAUGAUGAUGUGUAUUGUUGUCGCGGUGAACAUAAUCAACCUGAAACAUGUAGAAGCAGUGAUUGGCCAGUUAAUUAUCCCCAAAUGUUCAAGGAUCAAUGCCCAGAAGCUUACAGCUAUGCUUAUGAUGAUAACAAAAGUACAUUUACUUGUAAACGUUCACCAUCACCAAGUUAUGAUGUUACAUUCUGUCCUUAA